AUGCGACCACAAACAUCUCUAUCAUACCUGCUAUCCCUCUUCACCGCCAUAUCCCUCGCCCCUCAUGCUUUGGCCGUAAGGGUCAUCGAGUCCAACUCGCUCAAUUCCUGCAAGAGCGGCUCCAAUUUCACCGCCACACUGUUCAAUGUCGCAUAUACUCCUUCAAAUCACAGUAUCGGCAUCACCAUCAACGGUGUGUCUUCCCUCUCCGGAAAUGUCACGGCCCAGCUGGAAGCGACGGCUUAUGGCUUCACCGUGGUGAACAUGACACUGAACCCCUGCGACAUGGGUCUAACGGGAUUUUGUCCAAUGCAAACCGGUCAAAUCAACAUUGAGACAAACUUCGAUGUCCCUGCCAAGUAUGCAAAGCAACUACCAGGCAUUGCUUUCGCCGUCCCAGAUCUUGAUGGUGUCGUCCGGGUCUACGUUACCUCCACUGAUACGAACCAGGUCAUUGCUUGCAUGGAAGCCGAUCUUUCCAACACCAAGAGCGUUUACCAUCCCGCAGUGGGCUGGGCCACCGCCAUUAUUGCUGGUCUGGGGCUCGUGGCUGCCGGAGUGACCUCUGGCCUGGGCCAUCCGAACACUGCCGCACACGUCGCCGCAAACGCGGUCUCGCUCUUUGGCUUCUUCCAGGCUCAAGCCGUCAUAGGCAUGACCUCUGUGUCCAUGCCGCCCAUUGUGCAAUCGUGGACUCAGAACUUCCAGUGGAGCAUGGGCAUCAUCCGUGUCGGAUUUCUACAAUCCAUCGCCACCUGGUAUCAACGAGCCACCGGGGGCACACCCACCACUUACCUCUCUACUCUUAGCACGUAUUCGGUGCAAGUGCAAAAGCGUGCCAUCCGACGCUCCUUGGACGCCAUGGCUGCAUAUGCCACUCAGGGUAUCCGCGCUUUGGCCAAGCGAGCAGAUGAUUCAAGCGAAACCACUGUCGGCAGCGUUAAGGUCGUUCGCGGAAUCGAUAGGGUCGGUUUUAGGGCGGGGAUUGAGCAGACCAAUAUCUUUAUGACCGGUCUGAUCUUUUUCGUCUUCAUUCUGUUUUUGGCCGCCGUCUUGGUUGCCCUGACCAAGGCCAUCCUCGACGGAUGUGCUCGUGCUGGUUGGAUGAGACAGGAUAGAUUCCUGGAGUUCCGGAAUGGAUGGAAGGUGGUCAUCAAGGGAAUUUUGUUCCGACUGAUCCUUCUCGGUUUCGUACAAAUGUCCAUCUUGUGUCUGUGGGAGCUUGUGGAACGGGAUUCGGCAGCAGAGGUCGUCCUCGCGUUGAUUGUCUUCAUCUCCAUGGCUGCUGCCCUGGGCUGGGCGUCAUUCAAGGUCAUUCAGCUUGCGAAGAAGUCGGUCGCCAUGCACAAGAACCCCGCCUACAUCCUCUACUCCGACCCCAAGUGCCUCAACAAAUGGGGUUUCCUCUAUGUCCCGUACCGCGCCACCGCUUACUAUUUCGUCGUCCCUUUGCUCGCAUACAUCCUGGUCAAGGGCAUCUUUAUCGCCUUUGCCCAGAAGUCACCGGUUGCGCAAGCCAUUGGUCUGCUCAUCGUCGAAGGGGUCGCCUUGGUCGGCGUCAGUGUUCUCCGUCCUUAUAUGGACAAGAAGACCAAUAUCUUCAACAUCUCUAUUGCGGCCGUCAACUUCCUCAACGCUAUCUUUCUCCUUGUCUUCUCAGACGUCUUCAACCAGCCGGAAAUGGUGUCGGGUGUUAUGGGUGUUAUUUUCGCCCUUUACAACGUCAUCUUUGCCGUUGUCUUGUUGAUCUUGGUGCUGAUUGCAUCCAUCUACGCCAUUGCUUCGAAGAAUCCCGAGGUGCGAUACCAACCAAUGCGCGACGAUCGAGGAAGCUUUAUCAAGUCCCAAGCAGCCCUGACCACCGAGCUCGAUGCCUUGGGUGCCACCGCUCGAGGAGAUGGCAACAACACGUACGCUCAAGACAAGAAGAUAUUCGACGACGACGCUUCGUACUCCAGCGAGUCACUGAAACCUCACUCUGAGCUGUCGCAACGACCCUCCUCCCAGGCUCAAGGUGUUUAUGGGCAGCAGGAGCAGGCACCGUUGUAUCCCGCCGAAAACAACGGCAGACGUGGCCCGCCACAGUCUUACGAGCAACGACAAAUGUACAAUCAGUCCUACACCGGGAGCGGCGAUUAUGGCUAUGCGGGCAGACCAACCACAGCGCCCAAUCAGCAAGGAUAUGAGAGAAGCAUGAGCCCGCUCAAUGCUAAUUAUGCUCCGCCGCGGUCUGCCCACAGCGGAUAUCCACCACAGCAAGGGUUCCGGCAACAGAACAAUUCCAGCCCUUGGCAACGAGGAGCUGGCUAUGAUUGA